AUGUCCGAUCCACCAGCAAAACGCCGCAGAACGAGCCCGACGACCACAGACGCGACGACCGCACAAGAUGCGAACAACACUGCAGCACCUUCUUUACGCUCAUCAGUAACCCACAGACAAUCAUUUCAAUCCCCUACCAGAUCGAGUCUGGCACGCUCAAACCCAGAGGUAUUAUCACAUGUUCUCGCUCGAUCUCCGACGCGAAGUCCGCAGCGACAACAACAAUCUUCGACUCAGGGUAUACCGUUUGGACUACGAGACAGAAAAGCUUUACGACCAUCGUUGACUGCAAAUACGGAGUCUUCUCCAUUGAAAGCGUUAUCACAGUCACCGCGGCGCGGAGGGGCUAUUGCUGCUGCCCAGCAGCAGGCUUUUGCCGCGCCGCCGCGCAGGAUAUCAAGAAGGCUUGAGUCGCCGAGACGAAGUAGCGGUCGAGAAAGUGAAACUUAUGUCAAUCAAGGAGGAGAAGGAGGAGAAGGAGGAGAAGGAGAAGAAGGACCGUCACAAAAUACACCUAUUCGUCAAACCGAUCUAGACGAACAACUUGCAUCAGAGCUGGAUAGCGCAACGCGAGAAUUAGAACAUUCAGGGCUUUUAGCACCAUCCGCCCUGAAUGGUGAUAACCCAGAACCCGAGUUACCGCCUACACCAACGCAGUUGGGCCGUGAGAAACGUCGAAAAGCGUCGCAGGAGUGGUUGAGUAGUCCAAGUGCAGGGAGGGGGUUACGAAAGGACCUGUUAGGUCCGAGUAAACUAGGCGUUGCUGAUGUAGCGCCAGCAGAGGAUAUACCCAAGGAUGAAGAUGAGGACCUCGAUCCAGCCGUGCAGGAACGAAAGAAACUCAAAAGGGAACUUCUUGCGCAACUUGAUGAGUUGAAGAAGGAUGUCAAUCUGCUGGAGAAAUGGACAAAUCGAGCCCAACGGGGGUAUGACGGUAAACGGCCUGAUCAGGAAGAUGUUUCGAAUUUGAUCUCCAUUUUAGCCUCGACAAAUAGGUCGACAGAACUAUCAGAAACAUCUGCCGUGGACCAUCCCCCAAUUUCAACUCUUAUAUCUUCUCUGCUACCGUUUUCAGCAAAAGCUGUACCUGUGCGCCCACGUUCAACUUCUCCAGAGCCCGUCAAUGCAUUCGCACUGGACAAAAUACCCGACCCAAAACCCUAUAUAACUGCAUUCGCACCUUUGACUCUGGAGCAUUCCACGUCCCUAUCAGUAUCUACAGACACAGAAUCUACCAUCACCGAGACACAUCAAAUCACUCUAUCAGCUCCACCACCUUUUCCAUCAAACAAUUUCACAAUCCCGCUUGAAUUUACAACAGACUUACAAUCCCAACGAAUCACAUCUAUAUCCCUAUCGAAACGAGCUUCAGCAAAGAUCCCACCCAGUUUACAGAUAUGGAUUGAAUCACGAAUCUCAGACCCUAUCCUAGGGCUAGAUAUCUCCGGUCUCUGUGUCGGAAUCACCAGGUUCUGGGAAGCAUCUGUCUCCCGAGCACGGAUCUGGUCUCGACUACGCCAAAGCCAGGAAUCUAUAUUAAGCAAAACCGGCAAGAGGAAGAAACUCAGUGACAUCGAUUCCGAGCCUCUGACAGGACCAUUGAAAAAAUCAGACUCGAGGUUCAUUCUGCCUCAUUUACAGCGUUCGUCUAUGCUAUUCUCAUCUCCUUUACCUCAUACGUCUGCGACAUCACAAACAAGACACCCAAAACUCAUUCUCAGUUGUCCCCUAUCUCUGGACCGAUGGACGAGCGAGGCGCAACUCAAGCCUGAUAUAAGCGUCUAUAUCUCGGACCUGGGCGAGUCAACGCGGAGCAAGAUAGAAGUGGAAUUGAAACGAUUGUUUCACUCUGUUCUGAGAGAGGAGGGGAGUAGCAAAGCUCUGACGAUAGGGAAUGAAGAGAGAGAGGCGCAAGCUAUUGUGAAGGCUGUGGAAGGUGUUAUAGGUGUGUUGUUCGGGGUUGAUGUUCUAUGA